AUGGACGCGCAACUGAAGGCGCUAGUGAAACAGAGAGAGGCAGUGCGUGGAAAGCUGCUUCGUGUGCGUGCGGCCUUGAGAGACAGCGAGGAGGAACCGAACCCGAACGUUCGAAACGUUCACUUCCUCCAGCUGCAGAAGCGGGCUUUGGAGAACAUUUACGGCGAGUGCAAUGAGGUGCAGAACAAAAUCUACGCACUGCCGCUCUCUGAAGACCAAGACACAGUGCAAACCGAGAAGUACGUGGAGUUCGAGGGUGUCUUCAACGACGUGUCGCUGAAGUUGAGCACGCUGAUCGAUGUCGUGCCGAAGGCGGAACCAGCUGCCCCAGCGGCCGGAGCGCCGGUCCAGCAGCCAGCCCAGCCCUACCUCCCACCGCUGCAAGUGCCGUUGCCCAAAUUCGAUGGGUCCUACGAGAAGUGGUACGCGUUCAAGGCGCUGUUCACCACUCUGAUGAACCGCUAUCGACAAGAAGAGCCUGCCCUGAAACUCUACCACCUGCGGGAUUGCCUCGUAGAGAAAGCAGCUGGCAUCAUCGACGACGAGAUGAUCAACAACAACGAUUACGACGCCGCCUGGGCGCUGCUCACGUUGCGCUACGAGGACAAGCGGAUCGUUGUGGACAAGCUCGUGGACAAACUCUACGGUCUACCGAAGAUCAGCCAGGAGGAUGCUGCGGAGCUGCGGAAGGUGAUCGACACCUGCACGAAGAACGUUGACGCCUUGAGGAACCAGGAACUACCGGUGGCUGGGCUCGGCGAGCAGAUGCUGAUCAACCUCAUCGUGGGCAAGAUGGAGAAGAAGCUGCAGGUGGCCUGGGAGGCCAAGCAGAAGAAGAACGUGCUCUCGACCUACGCUGCGUUGAUGGCGUUCCUGGAAGAGCAGUGUCGAAUCUCCGAGAAGAUCGACACCAAAGUGAAACCAGCGAAGGAGAGUGCGAAGCCGAAGACGGCGGGAAGAAGCCACACGCUGGCAGUGAGUGAAUCGAAAAACGAACAAAAGUGUCCAGUGUGCAAGGCCGCUCACGAACUGUGGAAGUGCGAAGCCUUUAAGAGCAAAAGUGUCAGUGAAAAGUACGAGAUCCUGAAAAAGUGCGGCGCCUGCUUCAAUUGCUUGAUGAAAGGUCAUCGAACCCGAGCGUGUUCGUCCGGCUCUUGUCGCCACUGUGGCAAGAAGCACCACAGCUCGCUCCACGAGGACAGUCCCAGCCAGGUCACGAACAGCGCAGUUCCAACGACGCCAGCGUCCGAAGUGUCCCAGACGGUCAACACACCAGCAGCCGGAACGUCGACAACCCUGUGCGCGAGCGCUGCGAGCUCGGAGAAGCAAACCGUCCUCUCGACUGCCGUGGUUCUGGUUGACGGCAAGUGCAGCACUCCCAUCCCGUGCCGUGUGCUACUCGACUCCGCCUCGCAGAUGAAUUUUGUGACCGAACGCUUCGCGAACCUUCUCUCCCUGAAACUGAAACCCGCUGACUUCACUGUCAGUGGUCUGAACGGCAACAAAACCCGGAUUAGCCGUCGACUGCGCGCGACCAUCAGGUCUCGCCACGGAAACUUUGCUGCUGAACUGGACUUCCUGGUGACCCCACGAAUCACUGGUGAGCUUCCGGUGAAAUCCUUCGACGCCUCGGAGUGGCCCAUCUCAAGCGAACUUGUUUUGGCCGACCCGGCGUUCAACAAACGAGGACGCGUCGAUAUGCUGAUCGGCGCCGAAUACUUUUGGAACCUGCUACUAGACGGCCGAUACGAACUCGGCCCUGACCGACCUGUGCUGAGGAAUACCAAGCUGGGUUGGAUUGCCGGAGGUGUGAUUGCGAGCGAUGCGACGGUCGUUGCGCGCACACUUUGCCAGACGUCUGAAGAAGAGCCGCUCAUCGAGCUGCUGAAGAGCUUCUACAAGGUGGAGGCCUGCGACGAGAUCCGCUCAUCCCCGACGGCGGACGACGAGAUGUGUCUGGAGCACUUCCAGCGCACACACGAACGAACUGAGGAAGGGCGCUACGUGGUACGUCACCCUUUCAACGAACGCAAGCGCGAGCUGGGAGACUCGCGUGAGAUGGCGCUGCGGCGUUUUCUGGCUCUGGAGCGGAAACUGGACAAGCAGCCCGAACUGAAGGAGCAGUACUCGCAGUUCAUCCGAGAGUACGAGCAACUCGGACACAUGCGAGUGAUCGAAGAAGCGCCGAACGAGGACCCGGGAUCGACGUUCUACCUGCCGCACCACUGCGUGCUGAGGCCCACGAGUACGACCACCAAGCUGCGGGUCGUGUUCGACGGGUCGGCGAAGACGUCCAUGGGCGUCUCGAUCAACGACGUUCUGAGGAUCGGCCCAACAAUCCAGAACGACCUGACGGCGAUCCUGCUCCGAUUCAGAGGCUUCCAGUUCGUCUUCACGCUGGACAUCCCGAAGAUGUUCCGACAAGUGCGCGUCCAUCCGGAAGACACAAGGUACCAGCGAAUCUUUUGGAGGUACGACCGGAACGAUUUUCUCACCGUUCGAGAGCUGCUCACGGUGACGUACGGAUUGGGACCCUCGCCGUUCCAAGCAACCAUGGCGCUGAAACAAGCUGCAGCAGAUCACGAAGACGAGUUCCCGAGGGCCGCCGAGGUGGUCGACAAGGGAACGUACAUGGACGACGUACUGACGGGUGCCGAUACGCUUGCUGAGGCGUGCGAACUCCAACGGGAGAUGACCGGGCUCCUAGCGAAAGCCUGCUUCGGCGCCCACAAGUGGUGCGCGAACCACUCCGACCUCUUGCGAGAGGUCCCUGAAGAGCUGCGUGGCAAUUCGUUCGAGGUCACCGACGACAGCUCGAAGACGAUCAUGAAAACGCUGGGCGUUACGUGGAACCCGUUUGAGGACUGGUUCUCGGUGUCAGUGCCCGACUUCGACGACCUGGAAGAAGUGACUCGGAGGAAGCUUCUGAGUCAGCUGGCCAAGAUCUUCGACCCGCUGGGAUUCUUCGGGCCAGUCAUCACUUACGCGAAGCUGAUCCUGCGAGAAGUUGGCGAGCUGCACAUCGAGUGGGAUGACCCGGUCCCAACAGACAUCGGCGAGAAGUGGCGGAGCUUCCGCAUCGAGUUGACCGCGCUGAGAGAAGUGCGACUGCCGAGAUGGAUCUCCUGGAAAGGCGCGCUCAAGCUAGAACUGCACGGGUACGCGGACGCAUCUGAUCUGGCCUACGGUGCGUGCAUCUACGUGAAGGGCUUCUUCGCGAACGAGGAGACCGAGAUGCGAUUGAUCUGCAGCAAGUCUCGAAUCCUGCCCAAGAAACGGAAGCCCAAGGAGAAGGCCAUCUCGACCCCCCGAGCUGAACUGCUGGCGGCACUGUUGCUCGCUAGAAUGGUCGUGAAGUUCCUGAGCGCCACGGAACUCAAAUUCGAAUCGGUGCACCUCUGGAGCGACUCGCAAAUCGUCCUGGCUUGGCUCAAGAAACUCCCGCAGCUGCUGCAGACGUUCGUGUCGAAUCGGGUAAGCGAAAUCCAAAAACUGACGCAAAACUUCCACUGGCAUUACGUUGCUACGCACGAAAACCCGGCCGACUUGAUUUCGCGGGGAGUCACACCGAAGAAGCUGAUCAAGUCCAAGAAGUGGUGGCAGGGCCGACCACGCACAACCGUAGCCGCGGCGGCGGACGAAAUCGUGAUUCCGGAUGACGAGCUGCCGGAAAUGCGAACUGGAGUAGUGCUGGCCAUGACAGUUCCUGUCGAACGUUUCCCGAUGUUUGACAAGUUGAGCAGUUUCACGGGGAUCGUCAGAAGCAUGGCCUACUUGGUGCGCUUGGCGAGGUUCGUCAAGUCGCGCAAAACGGAGGUGGUGAAGGGACGACUCACCGCCAAGGAGAUGCGCACAGCAACGCUCGUGAUUGUGCGGCUGGUUCAACGCGAAGCAUUCCAGCCAGAAAUCCUCGCACUGAUGGACGGUGCGAACACAAACCAUCGACUCAACGGGCUGAAGGCGUUCCUAGAUCCCGACGACGGCCUUCUGCGAGUUGGUGGCCGGAUCAAGCGGGCGUUCGUGCCGUACGAUAGCCGUCACCAGAUGCUGCUGCCGGCUAAGCACCCGAUCACCGAAGCACUCGUCCGAGAACUGCACGUGGACAACCUGCACAUCGGGCAACGAGGUCUGCUUGCAGUUGUACGACAACGAUUCUGGCCGCUCAACGUGAAGAGUACGAUCCGCCAAGUGAUCCGGAAGUGCAUCGUGUGCUUCAAAGCGAACCCGUUAAAGACGACACAGCUGAUGGGUGACCUCCCGUCGUAUCGUGUCCAGCCAGCUCCGGUCUUCUCGAACACCGGUGUGGACUACGCCGGGCCAUUCUGGAUCAAGGCGUCGUCGGCCACGCGUAAGCCCCAGAUCACGAAAGCUUACGUGUGCUUGUUCGUGUGUUUGCAGACCCGGGCCAUUCACUUGGAGCUGGUCUCGGACCUGACGACGGACGCCUUCCUAGCGAGCUUGCGACGAUUCGCCAGCCGACGCGGGUGCCCGAAAACGAUGCACUCCGACAACGUCGGGGCCAAAACGGAGUUGCACGAACUUUGGCAGAUGUUCCAGAACGAGUGCGCCACAAAGAAGAUCACCAGCUACUGCGUCGAGAAGGGAAUCGAGUGGUCUUUUAUCCCGCCGCGGAGUCCACACUUCGGUGGCAUCUGGGAGGCCGGCGUGAAGCAGGUCAAGCACCACCUGAAGCGGAUUGUCGGCGAGCGAAAGUUGUCCUACGAGGAACUCUACACCACGCUGACCCAGAUAGAAGCUGUUUUGAACUCGCGGCCCCUGGUGCCGAGCUCGGACGACCCGUCGGACUACACUGCGAUCACGCCAGCGCACUUCUUGAUCGGACGCGAGAUGCAGGCCGUGCCAGAACCAGACUACUCGCACCUGAAGGAGAACCGACUGUCGCGAUGGCAGCUGGUGCAGACCAUGCUGCAGCACUUCUGGAGGCGGUGGACAGCUGAAUACCUGCCGGAGCUGCAAAACCGAUCGAAGUGGCUGAAGACGAAGGUCAUCAAGGAGGGUUCGCUCGUGCUGCUCGUGGGCCAGAACGCGCCGCCUCUGCAGUGGCCCCUUGGGCGGAUUGUGACCGCGCACCCCGGGGAGGACGGCGUGACUCGCGUCGUUACGGUGCGCAUGGCGAAUGGAGCGGAGUUCAAGCGUGCGGUGACCGAGGUGUGUUUGCUGCCGUUGGACGAGGACGAGGAUUGA